AUGGCUGAAGUAGAUGUUGAGAAACAGCGCAUGGUUGCUGUAAAGUCGUCAAGACGGAAGUUCUGGGGCAAACUACUGUUAGUCCUCUACAUAGUGUUUAUCGGCUUUGAUAAUACCUAUUUGGGCAGUUCGUUCUCCCCAUUCAGUUUCAUUCCUGGCUUCUUUAACAGUGAAGAAACAGGAUUGAAUUGUCCAGCAAAUAAGCCAUUGACUCCAGAUUUCAAGAACUCGCUAGAUACUAUCUUAUUCGACCCUGAAUACAAGGACAAGUCGAUUAAAAGAUUGUCAAAUGCCGUCAGAAUUCCUACUGUGGUGCAGGAUAUUAACCCUGAUCCUAAAGAGGACAUUGAAUACUACAACAAUUUCUUCAAGCUACAUGACUACUUCAAGGAUACUUUCCCAUUGGUUCAUAAGAACUUGAAACUAGAGAAAGUGAAUGAAGUCGGUUUGUUAUAUACUUGGGAGGGCUCCAAUAAGGAAUUGAAGCCUCUGUUGUUCAUGGCACAUCAGGAUGUGGUCCCUGUCAAUAAUGACACCUUGGAUCAGUGGACUUAUCCACCUUUCGAAGGUCAUUACGAUGAAGAGAAUGAUUUUGUUUGGGGCAGAGGCUCAAAUGAUUGUAAGAACCUCGUAAUUGCACAAUUUGAAGCUAUUGAACAACUUCUAGAAGAUGGAUUUAAACCAAACAGAACUGUCCUUUUGUCCUUUGGAUUCGACGAAGAAGCUGGAGGUCAAUUAGGUGCUGGGCCAUUGGCACAAUUUAUCAGAGAAAGAUAUGGUGAUGAUAGUUUGUAUGCCAUUUUGGAUGAAGGUGAGGGCCUAACCAAAAUUGAUGACAACACUUAUAUUGCCGCUCCGGUCAAUGCUGAAAAGGGUUACGUUGAUGUCGAGAUUACUGUCAUGGGCAAAGGUGGCCACUCAUCUGUUCCACCAGAUCAUACAAACAUUGGUAUUGCUGCAAAGAUAGUUACUUUGAUUGAAGACAAUAAAAGUCCAUUUAAAAUGACAUUGGAUAAUCCAUUGUAUGGUACUCUGGUGUGUGCAGCAGAACACUCUACCAAGAUUGAUGCACAGUUCAGAAAAACUAUAUUGGCUGCUCGUAAAUGUAAGAGCGCCAUGAAGAGACUAACAAGGGUUAUCGCUGGUAUCCCAAUUCUUCGUGACUUAAUAAGAACAACGACUGCAGUCGAUAUUUUUCAAGGUGGUGUCAAGGCAAAUGCUCUGCCAGAAAGCGCCAAAUUCUUGGUUAAUCACAGAAUAGACUUGAAAUCUUCCGUUGAAGAGACUUUACAAGAGGAUAUAAAAAUGGUCCAGAAAAUAGCUGAAAAGUACAAUUUUGGUGUAACAAGAGAUGGUGAACAAAUCAUUCGUCCAAUCACUGAGAAUGGUAGCAUCGAUGUAUCCAUUUCUAAAGCUUUAGAACCAGCUCCAAGAUCGCCAACCUCAGGUAAAGUGUGGGACAUUUUGGCAGGAACCGUUGUGGAUGUAUUUGAAAAUAAUUUCUUUAAGAAGGAUAAUGGCUCUGUAUAUGUAACAAGUGGUUUAUUUUCUGGUAAUACAGACACCAAGCAUUAUUGGGUUUUAUCGCCAAACAUUUACAGAUUCAUUGGUUCAGUGAUCGACCCAGAAUUGGCUAAGACAUUACAUUCAGUUAAUGAGCAUGUUGACAUGCCAGGACACUUAUCUGCUGUGGCAUUUGUUUAUGAAUACAUAUUGAAUGUAGACCAAUAUGGAGAUGAGUAG